AUGUCGUCGACCGCUAAUGCCAAUUCGGCAGCGCUUAGCGACAAUGCCGCUGCGCACACAUCUGCAGCCACGAACCAGCGGGUCUUCUCUGACCUUGAUAUUGACGAUCUUUUGCCUCUUCCGCCUGCACAUGGAUUCUCCAACGCUCGAUCCGCCUCGCUAGAGCGUAUACCGAGCUUGAAACUCAAUGUGACCCCUGGCACAGGUCCAUCAUACCAAGCAUCGUCCAUCGUAGGCGCUUCUCCAGCGCUCAGCGCCGCACCUUCAUCUUUUCGUCUCGAAGCAUCGCCGCCCAGCUCUCCACAAGCUAGUCGCAGUCCCAGGCAACAUCCCCACAGUUAUCCGCAACAGCAAACCUCGACACAACAUGACAUAGCCAGUGCAUCGCAACCGUCAUCUUUGCCACCGCCUCAACAGCAUCCUGUGGAUAGUGACACUCAUUAUAACAUCCCCGCAGACCAAGCACAGUCACAAAUGCCUUCGGUAACUGUGCCGUGCCCAUCUGCGCGAUAUGUCACAGUCUCGGCCAUCCUCUCGCGCUCGGAAAUGUACUAUGCUCCUGAUACUUCCGAUCAUUGGGACAUUCUCCGGUCACCCCAAGGAUUUCCAAUUGACGCCCAGCCAUCACACACUCGCUCCUUGUCAUUGGGUUCCUACGAACCUUCUAGCAGUCUUCGACGUAGAAGGAGUCAAAGAAAGCGACCGAGUAACGGAAGCGCCAUCGAAGCGCUUGGCGCCCUCCUGUUGCAUAAGGACAGCUCUGGUCGAGUUGCAAAUCUUUCCUUUGCUCGCGACGAACACAGUGGCAUCAGAGCACCUAAAACCCAGAGUGCAGACUCACAAACAGGCAGACAGGACCCCAGUCCCAAGCACGGUGUUCAAGCUUGGACCAGCGCAUUGAGCUCUCUCGGCAGAUCCGGUUUGCGUCUCCAACUGCCCUAUCGCGGAAAUUUACAACCCUUCUCCUCAAGCAAGAGCGCCACCAUUGCCGAGCGUAGAGCUCAGAUGUGCGAUAGGAUGCUCACCCGCCAAGGCGCUGUGGUAGAGGACACUCGCAACGGCUUCUCCAAGGUUCGCAGUAGACGCGGCGGACUCAGUUUCGAAGUUGGAAACGCCAGCCACAAGCAAACCCCUUCCACACUCUUACAGCUCGAAGAUUACAGACCCGAAGGCAAAGGAAAGAUGACAGGUCUCGGUAGUUACGACGAGCUCGGAAACGACGAUGAGUUGAUUCUGCAAGCCGGUAUCGACACCACAACGAAUGAAGCCAGUAUUGACUGGGGCCGCCUACCAGAGACAAUUGUUCUCAAGGCAGGGCGGCGUCCAAGACCCGGUCAGCAUUCAAGGUCGGAAUUCGGGAUCGGCUCUGCAGUACAUGACCAGACUCUUCCUGAGGCUCCCCCGAGCCCUGUAGCAAUGCCCGGUGCAUGGCACGGCGGAUCCUCGUGGCGGUCCAAACCAGGCGAUGGCUACGAGGAAGGUGCAUUGCUGCUCCCGCCGCCAUUACUUGACGACAACGGUAGCGAUGCUUCCAGCUUUGAAGGUCUGCUAGGCGUUCGUCGUAUGCGUGAGCGCGAAAAGGCGAGAAAGCAGGCCGAAAAACUGGCUGCUCGCAACCGUCCCACUCACAAAGUAGGUCCUCUCACUGCUCUCACCAACUUCGUUAAAGCCGCACACGCUGCCGAAUCGUUUGCAAAGCGCACCCAAGCGGCCAGGCGGUCUCCACAGGCUCCCGCGUACUUUCGCAGCUUCACCGAGCCUAAAAGACCACCGCGCGUGAGAUCUGGUUCGACUGGCAGCUUGUCUUCCGCCCAGACCACAAAGUUGCCCAAGGAGGACCCAGACGACGCUCCUAAAAUGCUUAAGUCAGAGCUUGCGGACAUAACUCUAUCAGCUCUUCCAACUAGCUUGGCCACCGCUGCAGUGACGCCAGCUGCAACAGAUACAGAGGCACACACAAGCCCGGCAGUCAAUUCUGCCAGUCCAUUCAUGUCGCCAUCGUUGCGGAAAGCCAUUCUGUCACGCCGUGGCUCGCGCAACAAUUCGAUCGAUGCUGCCGGUCGACAGCUCAACACCGUGUUUGAGUUUGAGCCUCUUGAUCCAAGCCAAAUUCCAGACGAUGAGCUGGCUUCUCCAGAUCUACCACCCAUCUCCUCCCCGCUACUGCGACCGUCCUCCAUAAGCUCUAGCAAGACCACCGCGCUUCGCGACUUCCCGGCCGCACCACGACUGCUUCCCGUGCAGCUAUCCAUGCCACCCUCUCCCUUCACGCCACUUGGGAUCGAUCUCCGUGAACCUCGAAGCUCGAUAGGCCCCGCUGCGUCCAGCAAUGGCGACUAUCUCUCUGCCCGGAAUGUUCACUCAUCGCCGCGUACGCCGCAUCUGGUUCCCACAAUGCUGAGCCUGCCUCCUUCACCGUGGACGCCGUACCAACAUGCUUCCGCUAUGCAUUCCUCCCCUAUGGUUCACCUUCACCUCAACACAAGCAGCUCAUCCCUCCGUCUUGCACCCGGAACGCCUCGUCUGGUGCCGACGCAUAUUGAAAUCGUGCCGUCGCCCGUUCAAACCACGGCUUCUUCGCAUCGUGGCUCGCUCACGUACGACAGUCCGCGUGGCAUGCGCGCCAUAGGGAUGACAAGGUCGCCGCUGACAGGACCAGCGACCGACUACACCUCGUUUGCGGCGUUAAGCGUGCCUGAGGCGGAAAGCAUAGACUCGGAGUCUGGAGGAGGGCCAACGCCAUCGACCGCACAGGAUGGUACGGCGGAGAACAAACCACCUUCGAAAAGUGCUGAAACAAAAAAGGGCUCGUUACGGCUCACCCCUUCUUCUAUGCUCGUCGCGGCUCAAUCUGCCCAUGCUCCCAUUGCAGAGAUGCGCUCAGACAGCAAGAAUACUGGCGUUUCCAAUACGUCGCCAACAACAAACGCAUCAAAAGAGGCCAUGCCACCUGGCGACAGAAAGAUAAAGUCCUCGGACUCGCGUAGUCGCAGAUCGUCUGCUGAUCACGGCACCUUCCACGUCGAUUCUUCAGGCCGACAGCGCUCGUUCGUCCUCUGGUUUUUGAUUGGCGACUUGGGACUUCGAGGCUCUACAAAUUUGUCAAGCAGCGGAAACCAAGAAGCCGGACCAGAUCACGGUGGCGUCGCCGCCCUGUUUGUUCACACGUUUUCAUUCUUGGUGUUCGUUGCAGCACACCUGGUCGAUCUUGGGUACUCGCUGUACGAGAGGAUCUCACUGUUUCUUUGGUUCCUUCGUUGGAUUCUCUACAACUUGACAGGUCAAACUGUGCUCGCACAAUGUGCUGUCGAGGCCUACUGCUUCAUCCAGGCAGAAUGGGCUACUGUGGCAAUGGAGGAUCACGAAGAGAAGGGCUCAAUGAAGGCGUUUGAUCAUCAAGGGCACAGGAAGCCCAAGGGCCUCUCGCGAUGGCAAGUACUGCGCGGUUUUCUUGAACUCUACUGCCUGCACAGCGUCACUCGAGAGCGCUACCUAGCCGAAGGUGCUGGACUGAAGGAGCUAGAUGGGUGGAGAAGACCAUCGACGCGCUUCCAAAAGAGCAAAGAGCAAAAGCUGCGCGGCUCUGACCGGCUAGAUAUCGGUGCUCACCGCGCAGCAUCGCGAGCUGCCUUUGCAGAGAACAGGACGAAGUGGGCGCAAGACCCCAUGUUGGACUUCGAGCAGCAGCAAUACGAGACAGCAGAUUUCGAUACAGCACGGAGCGACCCACUUGGCGAUGGCGAAGUAUCACGGCCAGGAUCUGACGUCAGAUCAAGACCAGAAUCCGAUCGCUCUAGUGGCGGUGAGGACGACUGUAGACACGACGAAGACGACGCCAACGACGUCGAGAACGAAGAUGAAGGCGAUGACAGCAGUGACGACGAAAUGAUUGUUACCAAUCGUGGUGACGAUAUCCUCGAAUUUGCCAAGACGCCACGGAUCGAUGCUACACGGCCAGGACAAGCGAGCACGGGCUACUUUGGCCGUGCGUAUGAUUUUAUGACUUCGCCAGAGGUGUCUGCUUCGCUGUCCAAAUCAGAGAAUCGCGAUCUUCGACCGUUCAAGGAGACGAACCGAGAUCUGGUGCGGACUAUCAAGUGGUGCGGUCGACUUGCUAUUUCGGCCUAUGGCCUGCACGUGCAUAUUGUGGAUCUGCCUCCAACUUUUACACCUUCCGGCGAUCGCUUCUCGCGCCAGACGUUCGCCUACCUGUCACGUCUCAAUGCUGAAGAUGUGCUGCACGCCGACAUCCAGACGCUCGAUGCGGAUGCCGACUACAGUCCCACUUUCUACAUUGUGCGAGAUUACGUGCGUAAGGUGGUCUGCGUCGCGGUGCGCGGAACGCAGUCUUUCUCCGACAUCAUUGUCGACUUGGAGCUGCAGACGGAAGAGAUUGAGCUGCCACAGGUACAGCCUACGCCAGGCGAGGAGUUUCGUUGCCAUGCCGGUAUCUGGCGUGCGGCCAAGGCGCUAGUCUCGCCACAAAGCAAGCUGUUUGCCACGUUGCGCCAAGCACUGGCAGAGAACGAGGGCUUUGGUGUCAUGUUCUGCGGUCACUCGUUGGGCGGCGCGAUCGCCAGUGCUGCUGCCCUGCUGCUUGCAGAGUACUUUAUCCCGGAUGGCGCUGAGCCCGAUGCGGGCAUCUGGGUCACCAACAUGUCCUCUGGACUGCCCGCACGACGACCAAUCCGCGCAGUCAGCUUUGCAAGCCCUGUCACCAUGACGGCCGAUCUAGCGUCACGAGCGGCGCUCGGAUCCGUGCCGCUGGUGACGACGGUGGUGCUGGGCAGCGAUGUGAUACCUCGCGUUGGACACGGUCAAGUUAGAGAGCUGCGUCGUGUGUUGGGUGCUCUUUCGAGGGUGCGACGUCGUCAUGCUAUGGCAUCAACAGAGGGUCAGGACGAUGCACGUGUGCAUAUUUUACGAAGCUUUUGGGACUGGCGAUCCAUCCGGAUGGCAGAAAAUCCGGACGAUGUGAUGCUACACCGAAAGGAGCGAAUCGAGGAGCAGCUCUGGUCGCUACGUUGCGAAGUCGAAAGCGAUUUGUACGCCGCUAUCAAGGCACGAUUGGACGCGGAGAGCACAUCCGGAGCACCAAUCCCACCUUCUCCCUGGGUAGGUCCUGAGCAGCGUGAUCAGGCACCUUUACACGCACUUUCGGCUAGGCGGCAGGGCCUGGACACGGCGACGUUGCGCUCGGAAGCUGCACAGGGAGGCCCCUUGGUGCCGCCGGGACGUUGCAUUUGGAUCAACGACAAGCACAUCUAUCAUGUCGAGAGUCCGCUUGCUUUCUUCAGUCUUCCGGAACUGCGGGGCGACAUGUUUGCCGCGCACUUCCCCGCAGCUUAUGAAGAAGCGAUUCUGGAGCUGCGCACAUGA